AUGUUGGAGCGUCAAGAUGAUGCUUGGGCCAAAACCCAGGAAGAGUUAUCUACACAUAAGGUUGUCCACGGGAAACCUGGAAUCGAGGAUCUUCCUCCGCCAGGUUACGUGUGUUACCGAUGCGGAGGUAAGGAUCAUUGGAUAAAAAAUUGUCCCACCAAUACGGAUCCUACAUUUGAAGGUAAAAAGAUCAAACGUACUACAGGUAUUCCCAAAAGCUAUAUGAAGACAAUUUCAAAAGAAGCUGUUGAAUAUAGGCUAGCAAAUCCAGAAAGCACUGAGAACAAAAUGCACACUAAUGAAAAUGGUGAUUUGGUCGACGAGGAAGGCAAUACAUACCAAGUGACGGAGGAUGGUGAUUAUGUAAUGACCUUCGCUGAUUCAAAAACAUGGUCCCUGUACCAAGAAAAACAACAGAGUGCGAAUAACAAGGCACUAAAACAGUUUGAGAAAGAGUUGGUCGAUGUGAUUGUGUCUAAAGGAAGAACCGAGUUUUUGAAUCCAUUGAAGCAGGAACCAAGCGUGCUUGUGCCACCUAUAUUCAUGACGCCUUGUUGCCAAACAAGCCAAACCUUGAAAAGACUAAAGAAUUACAAUUAUAAUCAGUUGGAGCUUGAGGAAGCGUUGAUAGAAUCCGAUUUUCACUGUCCAAAUUGCGGCUCAGCCGAGACAUACCUUGAUCAAUUGAAACGUAAUCACCAAUUGGAAGAAGAAUUUAAGUCAUUUAUUGAAAGUUCUGGGUUGGAAGAAAAUACUGGAGUCAAACGAAAGUUUUUAGAACUUCAAGAUGACGAAAAUCUGAGGGAAAUCAAGAAACCGUUGGGCCCUAAAAAUGCGAAGAACUAG